AUGAAGACUGACAGUGUGGUCUCCUUUUGUAUCUAUUUUAUUAAUCAACAAUGGCUGCACGAGGCCACCCAUGAUCAACCAUCAGAUCAAACCAAAACCCAACUCGCACCUUUAAAUCUAUUUUUAUAUGAUGUGCAAGGUUACACGACAGCCGAUUGGGUCGUAGAGGUUACACUCUUUAGUAGUACUAGUACUGUUGUUAAGUCAACAACAAACAACAUUUAUACUGGUUCUUACAAAUACUCGUAUGAUCAAGCUGGUGGUCAAGCAAGUGUAACUCAUUUCACUGAUACUGGAUGUACUGCCAAUCCGACCCAAACAUACGCCGAUCAGCUAGGUAACUGUGUUUCAUACACCAUCAACGGUAAUACACUUUACAAGCAAUUCGCAUUGGCCACUCAACCACUACUCCAAUUCCAAGGUUACAUAUCCUAUGAAAAACAUUAUAAUUUUAAUGAUUGUACUGAUAAGAAUUUUGCAGCAAGAACUUUAAUUAGUCCAAAUCAAGCAACAUGUUUAUACGCAGAAAGUUUUAAUAGAAUGAUUAAUAAGUUGACUAUGCCAACUGGCGAAUUCAUGUCGUUGGACUAUGGAAGGUUAUCAGUUUGCGGCACACCAACUGGUACACUUGGAUUUAACGCUGGUACCUGUUUGGGUGUACCUGGGGCUAUCACAUCCUACGGUAUAGCAUUUCCAUGUGUUGUACCAACCCUGACAAUGGAUCUAACAUUGCCUGCCGUCCUUUCCACCAAUAGAAUUACUAUCCCUGGUAUUUCUACAAGCUGGAAAGCCUAUUUGAACUACACCAUGACCUCGUAUACCAUCACCUAUCAAAUCGGUGGUGCCGGUACCGUAUUUCCUGCCCAUUCCAAUUGUACUUCUACCACUGGUUGUACUUUUAUUCUUCCAUCACCAGCUCAAAGUAUUACUAUCAACGGAUCACCAAAUCUAUAUGUUCCAACUGGUCUAACUGCACCUUCAUUCUCAAAGUCUUAUCAAUUACCUCCACCACCAACUGUUACAUCUUUAAGUGUUACAUCAAGAAAAUCAACAAGUAUUACAUUUAAUUAUAAUGUUGGUGAUAUUGGUAUUGAUGGAGCAGCUGCUGAUACUACCUAUAUUGUAAAGUUGAAUGGAACGAUUGAUGUUACAGACCCAACUUGUAUAGUCGGACCAACAUGUACUAUUUCCAAUCUGUCUCCAGGUUCAACCCAAACUAUUAGUGUACAAGCCAGUACCAAUGGUUAUACAACACAAGCCUAUUCCUCGAGUGUUACACUGUACCAAGAAAUCACCGAUAUUGUAAUAGAGUCUGCAACGAUUAAAACAAAGAGCGUCUCUAUUAAUUAUCACCCCAUUUCAACUGAUACAGCAUUCCCAGUUGCCUUGUCCAUCCUUGUCAAUGGUCAACCAAAAGCCAGUUGUGAUUCUAGUAGUUAUACAACUAAUGGGUGUUUGGUAGAUCAACUAACUCCCAACACAACUAAUAUUAUUACUAUUACUGCAUCUGCCAAUGGUUAUACAUUCUCUAAAGAUUUUACCUAUCUAACUUUCCCAAGUUUAAAUAAUUAUUCAUUUAAUAUUACAAGAGUUGGAACUACCAGAAUUGAUGUUUCAUUUGAAUAUCAAGGUGGAGUAGGUCCAGUUGUACAAGAAAUAUCUAUUCCUGGAGAAGGUCUUUGUAUACCAUUAGCAGUUGCUGGAACCUGUUAUUUUAAUGUACAACCAGAUACUACAUACACUGUUUCUGGUAAAUUUGUAAAUGACGGUACCUCUUUUUCGCUAACGCCACAAACAGUAACUACCUAUCCACUGGUUAGCGGCUUGGAAGUAACUUUUGAACAAGUCUCUCUCGAAUCACUCAAGAUUAGUUGGAGUUCGAUAGGUGGUAUUCCUCUGCUUACAACUUAUAGUAUCGAUGUUGCUGGUACCAACUUUAGUAAUCCCCCCUCGAACCAAACACUCCUCUACCAAUACCCAAACGGAUAUCCAUACGGACAGACGCUCAUAAUUACCGUCAAUGCUUUAAAUGAUGGUCUCAUGAUAACCAAAGAGGUUCCAUUUGUUGCUUUCCAAUACCCAUCGAUUUCAUAUCAAAUGUUUAAAUUUAUCAAUACCCUCAAUUUGACAUGGAAUCCUAUGACUGGAGGUAAUCCAAACUCUCCAACCACCUACACAUCAUGGUUGCAGUACCAGAGCUCUGGUCCAAAAAUCGAAAAAUGCUCAGGCCAAUCAAUCUUUUAUUGUCAAUUCAAUCAUUUACUUGCUGGUUUGGAGUAUAACCAUUAUUUAACUGUUAAUAAUUUCUUAUUUUCUAUUGAUAGAAGAGGUGAUGAUUAUACUUCUCAAGAAACUAAUAUUAGUUGUACAAAUAAUUGUAAUAAUCAAGGAGAAUGUAUAUUGGGAAGUUGUGAUUGUAAUCAAGGGUGGGAUGGUCCACAAUGUGAUAUUGAAUUAUCAAAUAAUACAUCUACCCCUCUUGUCUAUUCUCUGACACCAAGUACUACAAGCAAUACACCACCAUCGGUGACAGUCUUUGUAAACAAUACUGUUAAAUACUCUAUUGCAUUGUUGAAAGUGUCUGAAGUCGAUACCACUGAUAAUAUCAUUGUCAAGACACUUGACUUUUCUACUGGUAGUGCUGGCGGAUGGCAAUUGAAUGGGCUAACAGCCAGCUAUACCAAUGCCAAUGGAGUAUCGAUCCUUAUCACCUUUGCUCAAACCAGUGCUGGUGAAUCUAGUGUAGUCAGUUUCACAGGUAAGCCAUACAAUGUUACUGGUGGUUCGACACUACUCAAUAUUACAGUUUCUGGUUGGACCUUUGACCUUGCUUCCAACUAUUUGGAUAUUGAACUGUCAGUCUCUCACCCAUCAUCGAUUUGUUCCGAUUCUUCAUGGUCUGUCUCUACCAAUUCAACGUUUGUCAGUGAAAAUAAUCUUGCCUCUAGUUUGUUGAUUGGUAACGACCCUAGCAACAAUGAAACUACAGUAUUGCUCCAAGGAAAACUUGUAAACUCUGGCGUGGUUGACACUAUCCCAUCGGUUAUCACCUACACCUCCUCUGGAUCAAACAACACACCUACCACUCUUCUCACUAUCCGUACUCCUUCAUUUACACAAUCGGUCACUGUUCAACCUGCAUUCCACAUCAUCACCAAAAAUAUUACUAUCAAACAAUGUCCAAACCCCUCCACUACCACUUCCACCACUUCUACCACUACCACCACCACCUCUACCACUACUACAACUGGUGAUGAUGGUAGUCUUGUAUCUUUGGCAGUCCAUCCCAUCAUCCCAUUAAACAUUGCUGUUUUCUUUACAGUUAUUUGUAUUAUUUUAUUUUAA